AUGGACACAGAUAGUUCAGACACCUACAUUAGCCACCAUCUGGUUAAAGCUCUAGAAUUACCAUAUUUGGUCACCACUCCUUUCACAGUAGUCAUUAGGGAUGGCUCAAUGAUAUCAGGAUGCACUAAGAGUUCGAAGUAUAUUUCAGGGAAUUCAAAGGAAAAAUCAGAUGCUGAGACACCUAUUGAAGUCAAGGAGUUGUUGGACAAGUACAAGGAUGUGUUUGCAGCACCUACCGGCUUACCACCAGAGAGAAGUCUGGACCAUGCCAUACCCCUCAAGUCAGAUGCUCAGGCCUUCAAAAUCAAGCCUUACAGGUGCCCUCACUCACAAAAAACUGAGAUAGAAAAGCAAGUUGUGGAAAUGCUAGACAAUGGAAUCAUUAAGCAUAGUAAUAGUCCCUAUGCUUCACCUGUGUUGCUGGUCAAAAGAAAGAUGGACAAGUAUCCCAUCCCUAAUAUUGAGGAGCUGAUAGCUGAGUUAUGUGGAUCCAAAUACCAUUCCAAAAUAGACCUGAGGCCAGGUUAUGCUUUUGGGCUGACAAAUGCUCCAGCCACCUUCCAAGCAUUAAUGAAUCAGGUUUUUCAACCUUAUCUGCGCAAGUUUGUGUUAAUAUUUUUCGAUGACAUACUGGUCUACAGCAAAGAUCUGGAUCAGCAUGUGAAACAUUUGGAGGUGGUAUUGGAGGUACUGAGAGAGAAUCAGCUGUAUGCUAAGCUGUCUAAAUGCUCUUUUGCUCAGCAGAAGAUUGAAUAUCUUGGGCCAUUGACAGAUCUACUCAAGAAGGAUAGCUUCUGCUGGGAUGAACAAGCAGAUGCUGCCUUUAAGAAACUUAAGCAGAUCAUGCGUACUUCACUAGUUCUCAGGUUACCAGAUUUUGAGAGACCAUUUGUGAUUGAGACAGAUGCCAGUAAUGGAGGCAUAGGUGCAGUGUUGCAGCAGGACUCUCAUCCUAUAGCAUACCUCAGUAGGGCUCUAUCAACAAGGAAUUUGGGUCUAUCUAUCUAUGAGAAUGAAUUAAUGGCCUUGGUGUUAGCUUAUAAGAAGGGCAGUGACAACACUACUGUUGAUGCUCUAUCUAGGAAGGCAUUCUGUGGUCAGGAAGACCAGCAAGAGAACUCCUUCCUAGCAAUUUCUGCAGUCAAACCCAAGUGGAUGGAGGAAUUAUGCAGGAGCUACGAGGGGGAUGAGCACUGGAGCUCCCUACUCAAGGCAGUACAUGAUAUUGCUCAGGGAGGACAUUCAGGCCAAAGAGGGACUUAUCAGAAGUUGAAAGCCUUAUUCUAUUGGGAAGGAAUGAAGCAAGAUGUGAUCAAGUUUGUCAGUACGUGUGACGUGUGCCAGAGGUGCAAGCAUGAAAAUGUGCCUUACCCGGGCCUGUUGCAGGCUCUGACUAUCCUUGAUAAGGCAUGGUCCCACCUCACUAUGGACUUCAUUGAGAAGUUACCUAUGUCACAGGGAAUGGAUACCAUUAUGGUGGUCAUAGAUCGCUUCACAAAAUAUGCACAUUUUCUGGUGCUCAAACAUCCUUUUACAGCUAUACAGGUUGCACAACUCUUCCUGGACAAUGUAUACAAGCUACAUGGACUGCCAGUGUCUAUUGUCAGUGAUAAAGAUAAAAUUUUCACUAGCAAAUUUUGGCAGGAGUUAUUCAGAUUGAUGGGAGCAGCACUACACCUAAGCUCUUCCUACCAUCCCCAAAUAGACGGUCACUCAGAAAGACUCAAUCAAUGUUUAGAAAAUUUCCUGAGGUGUAUGUCCAGUGAACACCCUACUCACUGGUACAAGUGGUUGCCUUUAGCAGAGCUAUGGUACAAUACUACAUUCCAUUCUGGACUGCAGAUCACACCAUUUGAAGUUUUCUAUGGAUAUAAACCAUCAUGCUUACCAUUGGGACCAUAUCAGGAUACAAUUAUUCCAGGUGCUAAGGACCUGGUCCAGGAAAGAAUUUGA